AUGCCCGCCAAAGCUAAGAACGCGCCUUCAAAGAAGGCCGUGGAAAAGGAGAAGCAGAAAAUCAUCGAGGACAAGACUUUCGGCUUAAAGAACAAGAACAAGUCGAAGGCAGUUCAGAACUACAUCAAGUCCGUGACGCAGCAGGUGAGCGGCGGCAGGUGCAGAAACGAGCAUGAGACGAAGCACCAGGCGGCGAACCGCAACAAGACGGACAUCAUUUGCAAGUACUUCUUGAGCGCGUUGGAAAACAAUUUGUACGGCUGGCGCUGGGAGUGCGUGAACGGCGAAGCCUGCAUGUACCGGCAUGCGUUGCCGGCGGGCUAUGUGCUGCAGAAGAAGGCUGCGGCAGCGAAGCCGGAUGCGGCCACGGUGCCGCUGGAAGAACAGAUCGAGGCCGAGCGCGCGGCACUGCCUUCUUCGCUGCCACCGGCCACA